GAAGAGGGCGUUGACGAGUCGGAGGAAGCCGACUCGCCGCCGGAGAGUCUUGAAUUUGCCACCGAGAGAAGCCUUCUGGGGUUCUUGUCCAUUGAGUCAGCGGACAGCCCGCUAUCUCUAAUGUUGCUCAAUGUCGCACGACAGCGGCAUCCGGGAAGAAUCAGCAACUGCUUUGAAAUCAAGCACAAGUUUAGCACCGUUGCUGGCUGCCGUCGUACAGAUGAACAUUUCCUGAGAGAUAUCCACCACACCGUCUCCGUCGAAUCCCCUUACCUGUAUGCGGUUGAGCAAGAGGGGAAGCGUCGUAUUCGUGUCGAUCGGGUGGUCUCAGGCUACACACGCUCCCUCUGAAAUGCUACGAAGUAUCCUCACGGAUGCCAGUCGAUAGAGGAAGAGUUUUAUGAGCUGGAAGAUGUCAAUGGUGAGGGCAAAUGCAUGCUCGUUCUAUGGAACAGAUAGAUCAUGUUGAACCGAAUUAACCUUGUGUUUGAAGGACAUGCUGAUGGGGUCACGGUCUUUCUUGACGAAUACUAGCGGAUGAUACACCUUGCCUCCGGACGGGGAGUGUUGAAGGCUUUUUCACAUAUUCUGACGACUGAACGGUAUCUCACUGUUUCUGAGGUUGCCUGUCCAUUGAAAUACUAUGGGAAAGAGACGGGGAUGAAUCUCUGGUACAAGGACACGGAAGACCCGUUAAAGUGGGUCAAGUUACAUUCCUUCAUUGGUUUCCAACGUCAUCGUGGCAGGAACUGCCCUGAUUGUGACUUGACUCCGGUCAAUUCGAUACAUAUCUAAAUUCACGCUGGGCGGGGGCAAUGAUCUUGACGAGAGUUCUUCGCAGCUGGAACCAAUUAGCAUCUAUGUCUCCCGGACCGCCCACUGCCUAUCUUCUGCCUUUCACACGGAUACUACUGUAUAUACAGGCGACCUUCAACUUCCUCUCUACCCACGUUGUCGACGUUCAUAUUCAUUACGCAGAUAUGCGAGAAUCUGCCGAAUGGGUGCUCAGUAGAACUGUCGUUGCGGCAUUGACAUUUUUAUUUUGGGAUAUGCUGAUCAACUUGUCGGACGAAAUUCAUUAUAUCUGGCGGGCACGGAACACUUGGGUCAAAUGGUCAUACCUUUAUGUCCGACAUUUCCCAAUUUUUGGCAUAGGUUCGACGAUGGUCCUGAACGCCGGGGUAAGCGUUGCAGAACGUUUCACACCCAGACAGUGUAUAGGCUGGCUCGUGGUGCAAGGCUAUACCCUGCUAUCUGUAGUUUUGUUGGUCGACGCAAUACUCAUACUGCGAAUAUACGUUCUAUUUGCUCGUAACAGGGCCCUGCUUGUUACACUUUUGAUCGCUUUUGCGAUUGAAACGUCAUCUAUGAUCAUUUGUGCAGUCCUUGCAAUACCGAAGAUGGUUGUUGCAUCCGAGUGUCUUAUCUUGAAGACACCGGCCGUCUAUGCUGGAAGCUGGUUGGCAUCGAUGGGAAUGCAAACGAUCUUAUUCGUUUUAACCUGCUACCGUUUCUACACCAGCGUUGAUCGACGCUUGGGCACUCGAUCCAUACUACAUGUCCUGAUUCGAGACGGUAUGUGGGCCUAUGCUUUAAUUUUCUCUUUCACUUUGAUGAAUAUCUUGCUCUUUCGACUCAAUCAAAGCAUAAUUUCUGGAAUUUGCUUUGCCUGGGCAAUCGUCGUGUUUUCUUUCGCAGGGUCUCACUUACAGCUGAACGUACUCAAGGAACUCAUCCACCCUUCAGCCCCAUCCAAUGUGCUGACCAGUACGGAAAUAGAUUUCGGCUCUACCGGAAACUCACACAAUGGCAUCAUGUCAACUUUGCCUGCUUUCCCCGUCGAGGAUGUAUGCAUAGAGCUCCAAGACUCAGUCACGCGCCACUAAGAGAAGCACACGGUUCAGACUUUUUCUUCUCCCAUGUGUUUCCUUUACUCGAGGUUGAGCAUCGAAUUAUGGAUUAUCUCAGUGAAGUCUACCAUGUAGGGGAUACUUGACAUGUCAGACUCUAUAUGUUUUCAGCCAUUCAUCAUAACCUUCAUC